UCCAAAUGAAACCCGGAAAUCAAGUUGCGACGACGUUCACCACAGUGCGUGGAUGCAAAGACUCUAGGGAAGGUGCGCCGCGCUUAAUCGUCGACCGGAAGCGGCUGCUGAACCGGAAGUGAAAUUGAAUGGCGAGCCGGAACUUGGGGAUGGGGUUUGGCAGUCUCUGAUACGAUCAUCUCCGGGGGUCGGGCUUCGAGCGGCCGCGGUAGGAGUUUCGGCUCCGGUUGAGGCGGGAAAGAGGCCCGAAAAGAGCAGCGGCUGCCUGAGGAGUGCGCGAGCCGAGUCCAAUGGCUGGAGGGGAGGCCGCCCCAGCAGCGGGGCCCGGCUCUGCUGUGGCUGAUGGCGACGAGAGGAAAGUGCGGGAAGCCGGUGGCGCCCGCCUGGACUGGGUGGAGGCGCAGCGCGGCCACUGCGAGCCUGAGCAGCACUGGAAGUACCGCCGCGACUUCCUAAUUCGCAACGCUGAGGCCUUGUCGUUGUCGCCGGACGGGGAAGACGCCGGUGACAAGGCGGAAAUGCGGCACCUCGUCUCCUUAUCUAUGGUGUGGGCCAACCACGUCUUCCUGGGAUGCCGGUAUCCUAAACAAGUGAUGGAAAAGGUGCUGGACAUGGCUGCAGGCAUCACAGUCACCAAUGCUCCAACCCACACUCUGAGAGAUGAACUGGUUGCCAAGGUGAAACGAGGCAUAUCAAGUAGCAAUGAAGGGCUAGAAGAGCCUUGCAAGAAGCGAGCUGUAAGCACAAACAAAGCUUCUGAAGAUAGCAGAAGUGAUGCAAGGUCUACCAAGGCAGAAGUGUCCAUGGAAACUGGCUCUGAACCUAUGAAGAACAUAGAAGAAGAGAGAGCAAAAGAUCCAGAGAAGCCACUGUCUUCCACCAUGACUCAGAAGGGGGCGUCUGCAGCAGCACCAACUGGGGCAUCAGCAGCUGCCCCAGCCAUGGCUCAGAAGGGGGCAUCAACAACGGCGCCAUCCGUGGCUCAGAAGGCAGCAUCCACAGUGGCACCAGCUGUGGCUCAGAAGGUGGCAUCUACGGUGAUGCCAGCUGUGACUCAGAAGACAGCGUCCACAGCAGCACCAGCCGUGGCUCAGAAGGGGGCACCCAUGGCACCAACUGGAUUAAAAGUAGAAACCAGACUUGCUAAUUAUGAAUCCACAACAGUCACUAAGCACAAAUCAGUUCUGGCUUCUUCUAUAUCUGGUCCUGAGUCAAAAAUAAAUUAUUGCUUAAACAAACCUUCAGAAUCCAAAUCUGAAAAUGUGUUACCAUCUGAAAAGAAAGACAGUUUGGAAAGUGCUGCAGUGUUAGCUUCAAAAAGCAGUUUACAUGUGACUGCAGUUCCUGCCAAAAUGCCACUGAAACUGUUAACAAGCGAAGAUGCAAAAGAGAGGCAGCCAUUCUUCAAUAGACUAUACAAAGCUGUUGCUUGGAAGCUGGUUGCUGCCGGAGGCUUUGGUCCCACUGUCAAUCAUGUAGAACUUUUAAACUCAUCUAUUCAGUCUGUAAAGGCAACAUUAGAUGUUGAUUUUGUUCCACUGAAAGAGCUUACUGAUUUACCUCAGAAUAAAGGCUCUCAGGAAAGUGUGGUUUGCGAAUUGAGAUGCAAAUCUGUAUAUUUGGGUACUGGUUGUGGAAAAAGUAAGGAAAAUGCCAAAGCAGUAGCUUCAAGGGAAGCACUGAAACUGUUUCUCAAAAAGAAGGUUAUUGUAAAAUUAUGUAAAAGAAAGUACAAAGGAAGGGAAGUUGAAGAUUUGGUGCUUCUUGAUGAAGAAUCAAAACCAUUAAAUUUACCUCCAGCUUUAAGAAAUCCUCAAGAAAUAUUGUAAACCACUGGAGCAGCUGCUGUUUCAUAUUAGCAAAUAAUGUUUUAUCACAAAAACAGGAUUACUUUUGUAUACUGAAGUAGACACCCAGAUCCUUUGUAUUUUUUCUCAGCUUUUCAGGGCAAAUACCAUUCCUAUUACUUUCACUCAAUAGCAAAUAUAAAUAAUUUGAUAUAGAUGUAAAGCGUGCAAAGGUAUGCCUUAACAUACAUAGCACACUAGUGUGCUUUUUUAUUCGUUAAAUAGUUUACCUACGUCUUCUGUUUUAAUGAAACAAGGUAUAGUUUGCUGUUCAAAAUGCUCUAAUUUUGUACCCCGUAAUUUGGUAGCAGUGAUGUUCACUUUAGAACACAUAUACCUUUUUAGCUGCAAAGGAAUCUGUAUACAAAACCCACUGUACCUGAAUGACAGAAAGUUGUCUGAAAAUUUAAAGACAUUUAAUCACAUGCUUCAAGUGUUACUUAUAAUGUUUAUAUGCUUCAAAAGAAAAUAGCAGAUGCAGAUUAUUUUAAUGAAGUAAUAUUUUAAAUCUGAAUUUAAAAUGUUGGUCCUAUUUUAAUAUAUGGCCCUUCAAAUUGUCAGUAAACAGUCACCAGGAUUACUUAUCACUAAACUUCGUUAACUAGAAGCAACUUAUAUUUUGUGAGAAGUACUACUUUUACGUUUUCAAAUAAAUAUGGCUUUCUAUGUUAAGGUUAUUUUAUGUCUAUUGUAAUUGGGAUGUGAGAUUUUUGAGAAGUUCUUAUGUAAUACUUGGCUUUCAUUAAGCAUUUUCAAGUAACAGUCCACUUUUAUAAGUGCAAAAAGAAAAUGUUAGUCUUAAACACUGUCAUUAGUUUGCAGCUUUUAAAAAUAAUAUGAAUUCCUGAUUCUAUCUGCAUAGGAUUAUCAGUUUGGAAUAUCUGUGUGUAUUAACAGAUUUUCUAAUUAGUUUUUUUUUAUAUUCUCAGGAGAUAAAAGUCACUAUGCUGAACAUAAUGUGUGGCAGUGCUGUGAUAUCCAAAUAAUUUUGUGUGUACAGGCAUUUUUACAAUUAUCCUCUGUGCUGGGAGAUGCUUACAGUAAUGGGAAAUCCCUCCUGCAUCAAUAGAGCAUUCCUCAACUUGCAGGGAAGUGAUUAGAGGUUUGUUUCAACAGACAGUAUAGUAAAUAAAGUUGGCACAGACUGAAUUAUCUUUAGGGCAUAUUUCUGUGAGUUGUAGCUAAAUAUCACUUUUUUGUGCAACAGCCCUUGAGAAAUCCUUAUAAUAAAACCUGUAAUCCCUAGGAUUAUCUGAAAUUUUCCAUGCAGAAUGGGGUUUAUGAUUGCCCUCCCUCUUUAGGAAUUAGUCAUCUUGCUUGACAAAAAGUAGCUUGCAGUGCGAGAGCUGCUACCAGGUGGGGGUGGGGGAAUCUAUAUGAGCAUUAGGUUUGUGUGUGUAUCAGAAGUGACUCUCUGGAUCAUAGCUAUAGUUGAGUUCUGCAUUGUUUGAAUAAAUACUAAAACUAUUUUUGAACCACUCUCACUGCAAUACUCUUGUUUGUUUCUAACUCUGUUUGGUUCAUACUAAGUUUUUCUGAAAUGUAUUUUGAUAGCUGAACAAAAAAGUCUUCCAGCCACAGUUACUUUUCCCCUACAUCACAGAGUUUUAGUUUUUCUGUGCAAUAAAUACAGCAAUAGCUAGCUGCGCUGAUUCUAAAAUCUAGGACCAAAGGUAUUACUUUCUAAUCAAGAAGGCAUUUCUAAGUUCAACUGGCAACUGGUGCACAGGUAGUAGAUAAUAACAGCAAAAUGGACAUUUCUGCAGUUGCUUAAGUAAUAUAGUUUUCCUGAUGUCUUAUAGAAAAUGCAGUAUUGAGAUCUUUAGUAAAUGCUUUUGAAAUGGUUUUCUUAUGUAAGAAUGGUAGAUCAAAUGAGUAGUUCAGAAAAUAAUGUGUUUGGCAAUUGGUUUAUUAAAGAAGAAUGACAUCCUGUAUAUAUAAAUAAUUCAUUAAAAUAAAGGCAUUUGCACUCAUUUGCUUUC